AUGGACACUUUUGAUAAAGAGUUUAUAAUGGAAAUGUUCCUUGAUGAAAGUGUAUCUUCCAUGAAUAGACUUAUUGUUGCAACUACAGAUAUUAUAAAAGAAAAUAAUGAUAAUGCUAUAUUAGCUGAAGAAAUAUGGACUAAAGAAGAUGAUUCUGAGGAUGUAGAACUUAGUGAGAGUAAUCAUAUAAGUAGAAAAAGAGUUAGAGGCUUCUAUGAAAACACUGUUCUGCAGUAUAGUGACAAAGCAUAUGAAUUUAUAUUCAAGAUGAAAAGAACCACAUGUCAGGAGCUCAUAAAAUUUCUGAAAGACUACGUAAAAGGUGGUAUGAUAGUGCCUUUAGAAAAGAAGGUGCAUGUGUUCCUUUGGGUUCUCACAAGUGACACUUCAUUCCAAGAGGUAGGCAAAAUAUUUGGGCUUAAUAAAUCGACUGUUAGUUACAUUUUCUACGAAAUUGCGCAAAUACUGACGGAGAAUCGUUACCACUACAUAAGUUGGCCUUCGAUUGAGGAGCAGCACCUGACGCGGGUGCGUGUGAACAGCCGCGUGAGGUUCCCCAACUGCGUGGGGUUCCUGGACGCAGUGCGGCUGCCGGUGGGCCCGCGCCCCGCCCCCAGCGUCCCCCGCGCCGCCCCCGCGCCCCGCGCCGCCCGCCCCCGCCACGUGCUGCUGCAGGCCGUGUGCGACGACGACCUCAUGUUCACGGACAUCCACGUGGGCGCCGUGGGCCGCACCAAGAAGCACAAGGUGUUCAAGGAGAGCCCGCUUUACCACGAGCUGUCCAACUUCAUCGAGUUCGAGAACCACCUGCUGGCGGACGCGAGCUACAAGCUGCGGGUGAACCUGAUCACGCCGUUCACGAGUGAAGAGGUGCUGACGGACGAGGAGAUGAAGUUCAACGAGGCGCACUGGCGCGCGCGCGGGUACAUCGGGCGGGCUUUCGAGUUGCUGCAGGAGCGGUUCCGCAAGCUGCGGCGGCUGGAGGCGGGCGGGCGGCUGGCGCUGGUGCUGGGCGCCGCGGCCGUGCUGCACAACCUGGUGCUGCUGCACGAGGGCGCGCCCGACGUCAAGCAGGAGCCGCCGGGCGCGCACGACGCCGUCGCCAUCGACACCGACAUCGUGCGCACCGCCGCCGAGAAACGACAGUUCCUGUGCAACUACAUCAACUUCAUCGAUGAUGAUAGCAUUUAGUCUGUUUAAGUAUACCUAUAAUAAUGAGUGCUAUGUAAUCGCCUUCUGAAUUUAACCGUUUUGGGGUAAAAAAUAAGAAAUAAAAGGUUGUAGAUAUUUA